UUGUUUUCUAAUUCACGUCAUUUUAGCAGAGGCAACGUGACCUUCAACCUGAGGUCUUUGCCGUUCGAAGACUCAGCUGACAUUCAGGCGGGCGAUUUGUCAGAUAGCAUAUGCAGAGUCGUCAACUGGCCUUUAAAUGCGUUUCGAAACGACUUGGACGUCAACUAUCAAAGAGUGGCGAUUUCCGGUGAAAGUUUAUCCGAGGUGAAUUUGAAUCCCAUCGAGGACAUACUGGCGGCAAAUAAUCCGCUUAAGACGGUGGAGCCAUCUCGCAAACGAAUAGACGAUAGCCACCCUAUGAAGCGAACACUGAACACAAAUCCUAACGGCAAGCGACCUUCAGAAGGACCUCCAGGAAGGUUGUUAAAUCUUACCAGGACUGACAUGAAAUCGAAUGGACUGAAGGAAGAGCGAUCCAAACUGAAAUGGGUGCACGGCCCCUACAGCGUCUUUGACGUAGUGGUACUUUUUGCUGACCUGUGCGACGCGGCGAUGAACCUGGUUCAUGCGCUACAGGUCCGAAAAAAAUACGUUCACCGUGCGUUGAUGAAUUUCCCCAAAACGCUUGACGGCUUUCUUACUGGCUACUACCCUGAGAAUUUGUCGAGGAUCACUGAGACGCAGGGAAAGUCAGGCGCCUCAGUCGCCUACCACCCACCUGAUGAGCUGCUCGAGAAGAAUCCGUUCCAGUGCAGUGUUCCGCCUUCGGCAGGCUACACCCUCCGUUCAGAUAAAGGGAUCGUGCAGGUUUGCUUGAACUCAGGCAACGGGCCACUGGUUCCAGAACUACGCGAUGCAUACACAACGUUCGACGAAUACCUGUCCGAUUUCGCCACUCUGCAGAAGAUCUUAAAGUCCGGACCGUUGAAAUCGUUGUGCAAGCGGCAACUGAACUACCUACGGUUGAAGUUUCAGUUACACGUGUUGCUGAACGACGUGCAGGAAAUGACCGAACAGAAGAGCGUUCCUCAUCGAGACUUCUACAACGUUCGAAAAGUCUGUCACGUUUAUAUUUUUGUAUAUAAGUUUGCGAACACGUAA